UUCUUCACCACUUAGCAACUCUGUAUAGGCCAGACGAUUUCCUGUUGACCAAUAAUUUUGACAGCUCUCUUUCUCUUUCUACCAUUUGACAGCAACAGAGUGACUAUGGCAGUCCGUUACGAGCUGGCAAUUGGCCUCAACCGCGGCCACAAGACUUCCCAAGUCAAGAAUGUUAGAUAUACCGGCGACAAGAAGGUCAAGGGUCUGCGCAGCUCGCGCAUGAAGAACAUCCAGACCCGCCAUACCAAGUUCACCCGCGAUUUGGUACGUGAGGUGGUUGGACAUGCGCCCUAUGAGAAGCGCACCAUGGAAUUGCUGAAGGUGUCCAAGGACAAGCGCGCCCUCAAGUUCCUGAAGCGCCGUCUCGGCACACACAUCCGUGCCAAGAGGAAGCGUGAGGAACUGUCCAACAUCCUCACUCAGCUGAGAAAGGCUCAGACUCAUGCCAAGUAAACUGUUUUGGCUGGAAUAACAACAGCAGCUUUAACAACAAUAAUUGUGCAGUGUUUUUUUUUCACACAAGAUAAACAACAGUGUAAAAAACGGCAACUUGAAAAGUCUAUGCAGUCUUAAUUAAAAAUGAAAAAAACUCAAAU